UUUUUAAUCAUUUUGUCCUAAACCAGCCUAUAGCAACAUGGCAGCCACUGCUCUUCUUCCUUAAUCUUCCCCUAAUCUCCAUUUCAUAACCCUAAUCUCCAUUUUUAAAGACAGGAUGGCCUCUUGUUGCACCACUCUUCAUAUCCUCCUAGGCCUCCUGUCUCUCUCCUCCGCCGUCACCUCCUCCUCCUUAUCCGGUGGUAUUCGCCUCGGCCUCAUCCGAAAACCUUCCUCCGACGUCCCCAUUUUCCGGGAAGCUUCAGCUUUCCGGAACGGCGACUUGUGUAAUGCAGAGAGAAUACAUAUAACAAUGACGCUUGACGCCAAUUACUUAAGAGGAACAAUGGCGGCUGUUUUAUCAAUUCUUCAACAUUCAACUUGUCCUGAAAACGUCGAGUUUCAUUUCCUUUGGGUACGUUUCGAACCGGACGUUUUUUCCAGCAUUAAAUCAACGUUCCCUUAUCUAAACUUCAAGAUUUACCGAUUCGACUCAAGCCGAGUUCGCGGCAAGAUUUCGAAAUCAAUACGUCAGGCUCUCGACCAGCCAUUAAAUUACGCAAGAAUUUACCUAGCUGAUAUACUUCCGUUAGAUGUCCGACGCGUAAUAUACCUAGACUCCGAUCUUGUAGUUGUUGAUGAUAUUUUAAAGCUAUGGGAAGUUGAUUUACAAGAAAAAGUAUUAGCAGCGCCGGAAUAUUGCCAUGCAAAUUUUACGAAAUAUUUUACGGACAUUUUCUGGUCAAAUCUUGAAUGGGGAAGAACAUUUGACGGCAAAAAACCGUGUUAUUUUAACACCGGAGUGAUGGUGGUGGACGUGGAUAAAUGGAGACAAGGAGGGUAUACACAGAAGGUGGAGGAUUGGAUGGUGGUGCAAAAACAACGGAGGAUUUACGAACUCGGGUCAUUGCCGCCGUUUUUACUGGUUUUGGCCGGAGAUAUAAAAGCCGUUGAUCAUAGAUGGAACCAACAUGGAUUAGGGGGUGAUAAUAUUGAAGGAAAAUGUAGGAAUUUGCAUCCGGGUCCGAUUAGUUUGCUUCAUUGGAGUGGCAAAGGUAAACCGUGGUUACGGCUUGAUUCAAGAAAACCGUGUUCUGUGGACCGGCUUUGGGCUCCUUAUGAUCUUUAUCGUUCGUCCAUGCAUUUUCUGGAAGGUUAAUGGAGAUUACUUGCAGAACAAGGAAGAAGAAGAAGAAGAUUAAUGGAGAUUACUUGCAGAAAAAGGAAGAAGAAUGGUUGGAGAAGAGAAGGGACUGAGUAGAUUAGGAGAUGAUGAUCAAUUAAUAGGUAAGGGAAAAAAAUUAAUUAAUUAACCAAAUUAAACGGAGAAGAAAACGAAAAAAAAAUUAUUUUUGAAUCAUUUCCAGUGUCUCCCUUCUGUAGAAAUAUGAACAGAAUGAGAAGGAGAAAAUGACAAAUGCUCACUCACUGCUUAACAAAUUUUAUUCCAAGAUUUAUUCUUAAUUUCUUAACUUCUAUGUAGUCAGGUUAAUUACUGUUAAAUAGUAGGUUUAUAUGUCCCUCUAAUCAACCAUUCUACUAAUUAAUCAAUCAUUUAUUUAUUAUUUAUUUCUAAUCCCAGUUUCGGUAA